AUGGGAAUUCUUUCGAACCCGUUGCGUUCCCGCGAGGGUCGACAAUCUCAAUUGCCUGUUUACGAAAAUGUACACCUUACAAGUAAGGAACGAAAUUCAAACGAUUCUUAUGACGAUUCCGAUUAUGACGACUAUUCUACCACCUCAUCUCCUGGUACAAACAACUCAAGAUUCACAAGUGCUUCAACUUCUACAGCAACCCCUAUCAUGCCUAAAAGAGCAUUCCCAGUUCCUCGUAAACCGCGCCAACCACUUAACUACCGUUUACCAAACAAGGUCGUUCGGUACCUCUGCUUUGGCUUAACAUUCUUCAUUGUCUCAAUGAUAUUCUCGCUCAUUCGAGCAAGUCACAAUGAGAACAGAGCCCUUGCUGAAGGCAAGAUUAACAGACCGGCAUCCACGCCUCCUUCGUGGGAGCAAUUCCCAUUCCUUACAAGAUAUUACGGUGGUAUCAGGAACCUGGUACCCUUUUCUCAAAACACACCCGAGUAUCCCCGAUCGAAAGGGGAGCCGCCUAUAGACAAGUUGUUCUACGUCAAUAACACCAACGUAAAAUCCGACGUCGAAGAGCGGAACUUGCCUGCCAGUAAAGAGUAUAUUCGGUAUCCCCAGAGUGUUUUCCAGGAUGCCCCUGAGCAAUUUCAGGAAUGCUACAUUGACAAGGCAAACAAAGUACGCGUACCUCCUAUUCGCUACUAUGAGGGGCGCCCCCAUGGUUUCCCUGACCCCGUGCUUGGUUCCUAUGAGCUCCUAGGGCUUCCCGAGGAUAUCUGCUUCGAACGCUACGGUCGAUAUGGGCCGUAUGGCUUCGGUUAUUCCGUUAGGUCAGGUGGUCUCGGUACUGGGGAACACGGUGAAAAGGAAGGCUUUGAGGCUACUUGGGACAAGGUGCCCCAAGUCGACUGGAGAGGGACGGACUGGGCGGAUGUUCAGAGACGGUGCUAUCAGACAAAUGCUGGUCGUUACAAGCAAGUGCCCGCUAGACAGCCCUCUCCUCAUGGUUUCUACAUCAAUGAGGACAUUGCUGCCACAAAGCUCCAGGCGCGUGACUCUCCGGUUCCCGAGUCACCCAAGUCAUCAACCGACAAGACAGACAAGACUGUCAAGGAAAAGAAACCGGUACCAGCCGCCGAGGCUGUAACUGCAGGGAAACAGCUGCCAAGGACCGCGGUUGUGAUUCGGUGCUGGGAUGAAUACUUCUGGAGAGAAGAGGAUGUAAUGAACAUCCGCUCCCUAAUCAGCGAAUUGGUGCUAGCAUCCGGUGGUCGAUAUGAUAUUCACCUACUCGUUCAAGUUAAGAAUGAUGCUGCACACCCAAUUUGGGCAGAUGCAGCCGUAUACCAACGACGAAUUGAGGAGACUAUACCGGAGGAAUUCCGAGGUAUUGUCACGUUCUGGACAGAAACCCAAAUGUUAUCACUUUACCAGGGAAUUUUCGAUCUUUUCGCUCGUGGCCCGGAUUUGCCCGUUCACGGUGUCUACCGUGGCUUGCAAAUGGCCAUGCAACAUUUUGCCUACUUACACCCAGAAUAUGACUAUUACUGGCAGUGGGAGAUGGAUAUUCGAUACACUGGCCAUUACUAUGACUUGUUCACCAAGAUAGAGAAUUGGGCCCAGGAACAGCCACGUAAGGGUCUUUGGGAACGGAAUUCUCGAUUUUACCUGCCUUCCGUUCAUGGAACGUGGGAGGAUUUCAAGCAGAUGGCGCGAGUGCAGACUGAGAUGGGCACUACGGGUGCCGAUAAUAUAUGGGACAAUGUUCCCGGAGCCGGCAAGAAAUCGCAGUCUAGUCGUGGCGAAAAGCCUAUUUGGGGUCCUGAGAGACCUAAGGAUCCUAAAGAUUGGUUUGAACCAGACGAUGAUCCUGUACCCGAGACAACCUACGAAAAGGAUAAAUAUGUGUGGGGAGUUGGCGAAGAGGCUGAUUAUAUUACGUUCAACCCUAUGUUCGAUCCAGAAGGAACUACUUGGGGUCUAGCUGACGACAUUACUGGGUAUAACACGACGGGUAGCAAUGGAAUGCCGCCUCGUAGGGCUCAGAUCAUCACAGCAUCACGCAUGUCUCGCCGUCUACUCAUGAAAAUGCAUCGAGAGACUGCCUUCUUGAAACAUCACGCUUUCCCAGAGAUGUGGCCGGGUACUGUUGCUUUGCAACAUGGUUACAAGGCCGUGUUUGUACCACACCCUCUUUACGUGGACCGCGAGUGGCCUACGGAGAUCUUUGAAAGGACCCUCAACAACGGCAAAAAUGGAGCUACAGGAGGCGCCCGUACUUCCGUAUUUGGCCAGCGUGAACAUAAUCUUAUAGGUCUCACCUGGUUCUACAACUCAGGUUUCGCACCCAACUUGUACCGAAGAUGGCUUGGAUUGAAGGUCAACAAUGAUGGAGGCGAGGAGUUCGAGUUGACCGCAGACGAGAGCAAGAACGGCACCAAUGUCAAUGAAAUGCGUGGCGGAGAAGGCAGAAUGUGCCUGCCGCCGAUGCUACUUCACCCGGUUAAGGAGGUUGAGUUACCAGUUGAAGCCAACCCGGAAGACACGCUCGAGAUCCCCGAAUCGGAUCCCGCGGCUUGA